AUGUCGCAUACGAGUCCAUCGGACAAUCGACCGGAUAGAUUAUCAAAGUCGCCAGCCCCUCCUCAAAUUCGUCAAGGCUCCUGCAGCAACGAAGGAAUAAGCGAUACCGACAAUAUUAGAACGAGUCAUAAUUUAAAUUCGAGCCGUGGCGUCAAUGGACCCGUGACUGUCGUGCCUGAUGUGCCUAUUGCCUCUGUGGUCGCGCCUAAUGGUUUAAACUCUCAGCCAAAUAUAACAAGCAUUGGCUCCCCCGAUCGAGCUGAAGGUCGGAAUAUUAAUGAAGGAAAUGAAAAUGAAAAUGAAAUUAAUCGAGGUGGUAAAAGAGAUGGAUUACUAAUAAGCGUGGCUGGUACUUCGCCACAUCACCUUAGCGCACGAGGCAAACACCAAUUUCAAGCCGCCGCUUUUCAAGUUCCAGGAUACCAGCAAUACCAUUAUCAAGAAUCCAAUAAUCAUCCUCAAACCAACCAAGGCGGGCUGUACGAGCGUGGCAAUCAUCUUCCUGACGAAUAUCAGUCAAAUCUAUAUCCCUCUCCUAAUCGCAAUAAUACAUAUUUCCCUCAACAGUACCCUCAUAGCCAAGGAUCAAACUUCUUUCCAAAUUACGAUUCUCCCCGUCCAAACAACACCAUGAGCUUAAGCUACGAGUCCAGAACAUUUAUGCCUGAUACGCAGUACCCGAUGCAAAUGGCGCAUGAAACUCAAGAACAAGACGAGUUCAAACCGCACGAUGAACCACAUUACCCAAGUCCGCCGCCUCCAAUGUCCGAAAACCCUUACACAGCACAACCUAUGACAGAAACUCCAGACCACACAUCAUUAGAGUUACCAGAAUUACCAAAAGAUGAGGAGGAAGCGCCAUCGCCCGGAAGAUCAAAGCCAGUACCAAAACCUGACAGGGAAAUUACAAAGGAUGCGAAUGGAAGAUUUUACUGUACUUGGCCCGGAUGUACCGAAGAGACGAAAGAUUUCAACAGAAAAUGCGAGUGGAGCAAACAUAUGGACAAACACGAUCGCCCUUAUAGAUGCAAGGAAACUGGUUGCGAAAAGCUUCCUGGGUUUACAUAUUCUGGGGGUCUCCUUCGACACGAAAGAGAAGUACAUGGAAAACAUGGUGGGCCUAAAAAACAACUGAAUUGUCCUCAUCCCAACUGUAAACGUCAUACUGGAAAAGGAUUUUCCCGUCAAGAAAAUCUCAACGAACAUUUACGACGCGUGCAUACAGCAGAUGCUGGAAUGUCGCAAUUAACCAUGGUUACUAUGGAGGAAGCUGAAGAAGAUCCUAAUCAAGCAGUCAUGACAGGCAUGAAGAGAAAACGCGGAAAUAGCAAGGGAGAUACAAGUGAACUUGAGAAUCUCCGCGAAGAGAUCAAAAAAAUGAAGGCGGAAAAUGAUGAACUAAAAAGACAAUCACAGGCCCAGCAAGCACAAACUGCAGAAGUUAUGCGCCAACUCGUUGAAUUGCAAAAUUUGGCAACAUUGCAACAUCCACGGAUGAAUGCACCACAGGCUAACAUGUAA